AUGCUUGGUGUUCAAAACAAUAGUUCUGGCUCAACGUCGACUUUGGAUGCUUUAGAUACGAUAAAGUGCAACCAAGUCGGUGUAUUGGAACGUGAGCUGAGUGGGCAUUAUGUAAUGAAUUGGAUCUUUGAUUUUGUGUUGAACAGACAACAUGGAUUUCCGAGUAGAGUUGGUACCCUUUGGAAUGAGAAAACUGCAUUUGAGGAAAAGGCGUUGGUUACAACUAUUGCUACAUGGGCCAGAGAAUUUCUAAAAAAAUUUAUGAAUGAUGGGGUCGUCUAA